UGUAAACAAAGACUAACUACCAGCAAUACAUGGCGGAGUGGCUGGCUAGUCGCCUAGUAGAUUUAGUUCUCGACUCAAACGUUGUCGGUAAACAACGUGAUUCGCGGUUCACAGAAACAAGUUCAGAAAUAAAUCUUGCUGCCACGCUUAUCGAGAAACGUAAACACCUCCACCUUCUGUGGCAUUGAUUAACUAAACAAAACAAAAACCAUGAAAGCCCAGUUUUUGUUGGUGGCCCUUGUUUUAUUUUUAACAGGCAAUUCAAUAGCCACUGCAUUCGCUGACAGUAAAUCCGAAUUAUUUCCAUUAUCAAUAAUUCACAUUAAUGAUUUUCAUGCUAGAUAUGAACCCACCGAUACAUCUGGGGGGGCUUGUGAAGCUCCUGCGGAAUGCAUAGGAGGAUAUGCACGUACUGUGUAUACGGUGCGACAUUUGUUGGAACAACAAAAGGAUAAGAAUGCGGUGUACUUCAAUGCAGGUGAUAGCUUUCAAGGAACUUUGUGGUACAAUGUGGGACGUUGGAAUGUGACCAGUGAAUUUCUGAAUCUGCUGCCAGCCGAUGCCAUGACUUUGGGAAAUCAUGAAUUUGAUCAUGGCAUUGAUGGUGUAGUACCCUUCUUGGAAAGCCUUGAAAGUCCCAUGCUGGUGGCCAAUAUAGAUGCUAGCAAUGAACCUACUAUGGUGGGUAAAUACAAACCCUCAAUGAUAUUAGAAAGAAAUGGCCGCAAAAUUGGGGUAAUAGGUGUAAUUUUGGAGACAACCUAUGAUCUAGCCAAUACCGGCAAAUUGAUAUUCCGCAAUGAAAGUGAUGCCAUACUGGAGGAGGCAGCCAAAUUAAAAGCUCAAGGUGCCAAUAUAAUUAUUGUCCUAUCCCAUUGUGGUUAUGAUGUGGACAAGAUCAUUGCCCAAAGAACUGGUUCUGUGGUCGACGUUAUUGUUGGUUCUCACUCCCACACAUUUUUGUUUACUGGCGAUAAUCCUCCUGGUCCUGACAAACCAAGAGGAGAUUAUCCCACCAUAAUUGAUCACAAUUCAGGAAGAAAGGUUUUGAUUGUUCAGGCUGGAGCCUAUGCCAAAUAUGUGGGAAAUAUAACGGUCUACUUUAACAACGAAGGCAAUGUAAUCGAUUUCGAGGGAGCACCUUUAUACAUGGGCAAUGAGGUGCCAGAGGAUUCUAGGGUACUACAGGCAAUGGCACCUUGGAAAGAUUAUAUUGAUAUGAGAGGAAAAGCAGUAAUUGGGGAAUCUCAGGUGGAUCUUUUGACAAAUACAUGCGAUUCUGAGGAAUGUAAUUUGGGUAAUUUUUUCUGUGAUGCCUUAGUGAAUGCGUUUCAAGGUAUAAAACCAAAUCGCAGAUCCUGGAGCGAUGCAGCCAUAAGUUUGGUUAAUAAUCGUGCUUUAAAAUCAUCUUUGCAUAAAGGAAAUAUCACUUAUUCCCAAAUGAUUGCCAUGGCUCCAUUUGAAAAUACCCUAAUUGCCUUUGAUUUGCCUGGUGAAAAGCUAAAAGAAGCUUUAGAAUUAUCUGUUCGCGAUAUGGACCUUAGCAAGGGCAUCAAUCGUAGUUACAUCUUCUUGCAAGUUUCAGGACUUAAGAUCACCUAUGAUCUACAACAGCCUAUUAAUCAACGGGUUGUUGGCUUAAAAGUUCGUUGCGCUGAUUGUCGUCGACCCAGAUAUGAGGCUUUCGAUGGAUCAAAACCAUAUCGAAUUGUAACUUCAAACUUUUUGCAGAAUGGAGGAAAUGGUUACGUCAUGUUCAGAGAUUAUGGUACAAAUUUGAAAUCAUACUCGCGUGACAUUGAUGCCCUUGUGCAAUAUACCCAAGAAUACUCGCCCAUUACCACAGGCAUAGAGGAACGCAUACAAUUUGUUUGAACAUGAGAAAGACAACUUAUUACAUUACAGACAUUGAAUCUCAAUAAAUUUUCACCUAUCCAAGAGGAGAUAAUUUUACGUCAUUAGAUAUUUGAAACCUAUCUUAUCACACUAUGAAUAAAUACCAUAUUAAGAUGAAUUGUAUCUACCUUUGAGGAUACAUAAACUAA